AUCUCUCUUCUGAUCCUUCUACAAUUCUUCUUCCUCUCUUCUCAGAUUUAAAAGUUUCAGUAAUCUAUUUUUUGUUCUUGUUUAAUUGAAGCAAGACUAAGUCCUUCUCCAUCUGUACCUUUCUUUCUGUCAUUCAAGAACCCUCUCUGCUUUAUUAAUUAAAUUUCAAUUUAAUUUUUCUUUAAAUUCUCAUUUUUACAUGUAGAUUUGAUUCUUAUUAUUACACACUCGUGUUUUAGAUUUGCUUUUUUUUUUUUUUUUAGAUUUGCUUCUUACACACACUUAUGUGUUUGACUUGCAGAGAAUCUUGUCCGUUAGAUUCACCCAUGGAAUCUCCGGCGACCAAAUACUCUACUGCGAGGUCCGUUGAGCUACCGCCUCGUCGCGGAAAGGUGAAGCGAGAGAUCUUUGGUUUCUUGGCCAGUUCCAUCGUUUCCGCGGUCAAAGCCGGUGGAGCGCUUGGAAGGAACUCUCGAGGUGGUGGUGGUGGCUCUUCUUCCUCCACCGCUACUCCUCCGGGGAGUGGAUACACAUCUGACCAGAACAACGAAUCCACUUAAAAGCAACAAACAUAUAUAAAGAUUAAAGACAUAAUUAAGAAAGUGCCACCACCAUGGCACCCUAAGAGGAAGCUGAGUGGUUCUGUUCGUUUUUGAAAACAGAACGCUACUUUUGUUUUCCUCCACGUCCGGUUUGGUUUUAUGGUGGUUUGUUUUAUUUUGUGUGGUACGACCCGGUUUAACUUCGUUUUUUGGUGGGUUAAACUGGGGAAUACGUAAUGGUUUGAUUAAUUUGCUUUUGAUUUGUUGUUUACAACAACAAAUCUCUCCCUAAUCUGUUGUUUCUACGUGUUUUUAAAGUGGAGUAAUGAUGUCUUCUGGGAGCUAUUUUAGUUUCGGUUUGGGUUUCGGUUUACUUAUGUGAUUUGUAUGCUUUUAAGUGUCUGUGUUGUAUCUCAAUUGGAAUGUUAUACUAAUUAAGUGUGUGUUUAUUAAUUUUGUUAGCU